AUGCAACUUGCCAUGCAAAUUCGCGUCUUGGAUUCACGCGUUGAUUGCUGCAAAUGGAAAGGAGUUGUUUGUAGCAACCGAAGUGGCCGCGUGAUUCAACUUCACUUUCAGAGACCUGAUCCUGAAAUUGAUGUUCAUGGUGAGGAGGAAAAAUCACCAUUAAGCGGGAAUCAAUUCGAAGGCUCCUUGGAUGGAAUUUGGAAUUGGAGUUCCCUUACAUCUUUGGAUCUAUCAUUCAAUAACUUCGCCACCUUCCUCCCAAGCCAAUUAUCCACUUUAACUGCCCUAAUUUCACUUGAUCUUGGCAACAAUCACUUUCGAGGUUCUAUCCCAAGCUCUAUUGCCAACAUUUCCAAUCUUCAAUAUCUUGAUCUAUCUUAUAACUAUCUUAGUCCCUCUUUACCAAGUGAAGUAUUCACAUCGAAGGACUUGAUUACACCUGAUGCAAGUGGUAAUCACUUAAAUGGUCCAAUUCCAAGCACAGUUGGCAAUUGUACCAAGCUCGAAUACCUUUUGCUAUUUGAUAAUGCUCUAUCUGGUUUAAUUCCAUCAAAUUUAGGAAGAUGUACUAAGCUAAAAUACCUUUGGCUAAAUGAUAAUGCUCUAUCUGGUUCAAUUCUGUCAAAUUUAGGAAAAUUGUCAUCCUUGGAGCACUGGGAUGUAUCUUACAACAAACUCGCUGGAACUCUUCCUGAAAGUCUUGGGCAGCUUUCCAAACUUAUAGAGCUUAUUAUUUAUGACAAUUCAAUGGAAGGCAUUGUGAGUGAGAGUCACCUAAACAAUCUAACAGCUUUAACGUAUUUUGAUGCAUCAGGAAACUCCUUGACGUUAAGAGUAAGUGCAAGUUAG